AUGCUCUCCGCUCGCUCGCUCCUCCGCUCCUCGCUCGGCCAGUUCGUUGCUGCUACCGCUUCGAAGGCGCUCGACUGUGCUACUGCGACCGUCCUCUCCAGCGCCUCGAGUCUCAUGACUUGCUUCGAGACUGCUCCUGUCGCCUCGAAGACUCGCUCCUCCUUCUUCGAGCCGACUCGCGCGAAGCCCGCUGCUCCGGCUCUCUCGCUCGUCACCCCUCUUGCCGUCACCUCCCCCUCUCCUAGCGACUCGCUCACUGCGCUCGACGCUCCCGCCAAAAAAGAGCUCACCAUCGACGUCGUCGCGCACGCCACCUCGCUCGACAUCCCCGAGCCUCCCUCGCCGACUCUCUCCGCCACCUCGUCCAUCUCGUCCUCUCCCUCCUCGCCCAUCUUCGACUCGGACGCCUCGUCCUUCGUAUUGCAGCAAGUUGAGGAGGUCCAGCGCUCCGCUGCCUACACGAUCAAGCGCGAAGGCCUCGACGACAUCCUCGUCAGCAUCGACGAGACGUUCGGCAAGAAGGGUCUCCUCCGCGGCAUCUCGCUCGCCGACGUCGAGGCGUACGGGAUCAAGUUCAUCGAGAUGGAGGAGCCGUAUGAGCUGGCACUCGAGGCGUCGCGCGGGAACCCCCAAUGCGAGGAGGACGAGAUCGAGCGGGAGGAGCGUCUCUGCUGCCGCCUAAGCGACCACAUCUUCAACUGGCUCGACCGGCAACUCGAGAACCUCGACGCCCUUCCUCCCUUCGACCCGACGCGUCCCGUCGCUCAGACCUUCACCCCCUCGCGCCUCGCUCGCCUCGACUCGACCGACGCACUCGUCGACAUGCGCACCCUUCGCGCCCGCCUCUCGCUUCCUCCUCCCGCUCGCCAGACGCUGCAGAAGCUUCCCCGCGAUUGCCGCCCCGACACAUCCAACCUCCGCGUCGAGCUCGCCAAGCGGUCGUGCAACCUUGCCGAGUACAAGGCUCAGCAGCGGGCUCAGCGGGCAUUCAUCGAGCGGCCACGUCCUGCACGAGGACCUGCGAAGCGCGCUAUGCCCAUUGCGCAGCGUAGGAUCCCGUCGAGCGCACCUCGCUUCGACUGA